AAGGUCUCGCAGAUUUAAAUGGGAUGGGAACCAGGAGUGGAGGUGAUCCUUCUCUCCUUCAGCCGGAGCCCUCAUCAGGAGCCAGCCCCACCCUCAGAAAAGAUGCUCUCCGGGAGAAUCUUCUGCCUGGUCCUGAGUGUGGUGGGCACAGUUUGGACGGCAGAAACCGAAGGAGGUGAGUUUUUAGCUGAAGGAGGAGGUGUACGCGGUCCAAGACUUGUGGAAAGACAGCAAUCAGCCUGCAAAGAGACAGACUGGCCCUUCUGCUCGGAUGAAGACUGGAACUACAAAUGCCCUUCUGGCUGCAGGAUGCAAGGGUUGAUAGAUGAAGUCAAUCAAGAUUUUACAAACAGAAUAAAUAAGCUCAAAAAUUCACUCUUUGACUAUCAGAAGAACAAUAAGGACUCUAGUUCAGUGACCAGGAAUAUAAUGGAACUUGUGAGAGGGGAUUUUGCCACAGCUAACAACAAUGAAAAUACAUAUGGCCAAGUAAUAGAGGAUCUGAGAAGCAGAAUUGAGGUCCUAAAGCGCAAAGUCAUAGAACAAGUACAAUAUAUCCACCUUCUGCAAAAAAAUGUCAGGGAUCAGCUGGUAGAUAUGAAACGACUGGAGGUGGACAUCGAUAUUAAGAUUCGAUCUUGCAAAGGGUCAUGCAGUAGGGCUGUACCACAUGAGGUAAAUCUAAAGGACUAUGAAGAUCAGCAGAAGCAACUUGAACAGGUCAUUGCCAAAGACUUAUUUCCUUCUAGAGACAGGCAAUACUUACCAGUGAUAAAAAUCAGCCCAGAUUCAGACCUGUUUUCCAGAGAGUUCAAGAACCAGCUUCCGAAGCCCCCUCCGGAGUGGAAGGCACUAAUGGAAAUGCCACAGGUAAAAAUGGAGUUAGUGGGGUCUGGUAGAGAUGGAAAUACUAGAGGAGACUCUGCAUCUCACGUACCAGGAUCAGCACCUGAAAGCCCCAGCAGCCCUGGGAGCUCCGGACCUGGUAGUGCUGGCCCUUGGAAGCCUGGGAGCACCGGAAGUGGAAGUUCCAGCACUUGGCACUCUGGGAGCUCAGGAACUGGAAGUUCCAGCACUUGGUCCUCCGGAAGCUCAGGAACUGGAAGUGGGGGCAGGUCUGAACCUGGUAGUGCUGGCACUUGGCCCUCUGGGGGCGCCGGAACUGGAAGUAGCAGCACUUGGCAUUCUGAGAGCUCUGUCUCUGCUGGUGUUUCUUGGAACCCUGGGAGCUCCGGAACUGGAAGUGCUGGCAGUUGGCCAUCUGGAGGUUCUGAGCUUGGGAUUUUUAGGCCAGACAGCGGCACAGGACAUGGGAGCACCAAGCCUACCAACCCGGACUGGGGCACAUUUGACGAGUUGUCAGGAAGUACAAGUGCAGGGACAAAGAAAGAGUACCACACAGGUAAACUGGUCACUUCCAAAGGAGACAAAGAGCUUCUGAUUGGUAAUGAGAAAGUCACCUCUGGUAGUACAACCACCACGCGUCACUCAUGCUCUAAAACUGUUACUAAGACUGUUAUAGGUCCUGAUGGUCGCAAGGAAGUGACCAAAGAAGUGGUAAAUUCUGAAGACAGUUCUGAGUGUGGUGACUUGUCCCACAUGUUAUCUAGCAGGGGUAGCCUAGAUGAGCUCCUUGCACAACCUGGUAAAACUUCUUUCUUUGACCUACCCUCCACUGGAAAUUCAUUCUCGAGUAGAUUCUCAUCUACAGGCUUAGAAUCUGACAUUUUCACAGACUUAGGGGAAACUAGCUCUCACUUGGAUGUACCUGAGUUCCAUUCCAGCGGCAAAACUUCAAGUCAGAGCAAACAAUAUGUAAGUAGCAGCACAACUUUCAACAGAGGAGACUCCUCAUUUGAAAGCAAGAGCUAUAAAAUGGCAGAUGAGGCUGGAAGAGAAGCAGAUCAUGAAGACGUCAGAGAAGCACAUACUACCAAGAGAAGCCAUGUUAAAACUCGCCUUGCCAGAGACUGUGAUGAUGUCCUCCAAACACAUCCUUCAGGUGCCCAAAGUGGCAUUUUCAAUAUCCAGCUACCGGGAUCCAGUAAGAUUUUUUCUGUUUAUUGCGAUCAAGAGACCAGUUUGGGAGGAUGGCUUUUGAUCCAGCAAAGAAUGGAUGGAUCACUGAAUUUUAACCGGACCUGGCAAGACUACAAGAGAGGUUUUGGCAGUCUGAAUGACAAGGGGGAAGGAGAAUUCUGGCUAGGCAAUGAAUACCUCCACUUACUGACAUUGAGGGGUUCUGUCCUUCGGGUUGAAUUAGAGGACUGGGCUGGGAAUGGGGCUUAUGCAGAAUAUCAUUUGAGGGUAGGCUCUGAGGUGGAAGGUUACCCCCUGCAGGUCUCCAAGUAUGAAGGCACAGCAGGUGAUGCUCUGAUUGAGGGUUCUGUAGAGGAAGGGCCAGAGUACACUUCUCAUGCUGGCAUGGAGUUCAGCACUUUUGAUAGGGAUGCAGACCAGUGGGAGGAGAACUGUGCAGAAGUCUAUGGAGGAGGCUGGUGGUACAACAACUGCCAAGCUGCCAAUCUCAAUGGCAUCUACUACACUGGGGGCUCCUAUGACCCGAGGAACAACAGUCCUUAUGAGAUUGAGAACGGAGUGGUUUGGGACUCCUUCAGAGGUGCAGAUUAUUCCCUCAGGGCUGUUCGCAUGAAAAUCAGACCGCUGAUGACCCAAUAGGCUGAAAGAGUGAAAGUAAGAGCACUCUGUUUUCUUUGUAUGAUGGAGUAGAGAAAAAAUAAGGAAGCUAAAUGAGUCAAGAUUCUUUACAACUUACUAAAACAAUUCUCAGGUGCUAGUUUAAUAUUCUUUGUACUGUAGCUAAAACUGAGACAUAUUAGUGCUUUAAAAAAUAAAGUUACAUGAAUUUUUUACCUUUAAAA